GUACCUGCAAAUAGAAGAAGAGGAUGGUUGCGGGCUGGGUAGACACGGAGGUCCAUGAGGAGCGUUCAGGGAGCCGUUACACUCUUAUGUACGCGAAGAGGCUGGAGUGUGUAAAUGGUUGCGCUUAAUCAGCAGCCUGCCAAGUAGUAUAAAGCGUUAUAAUCAGAGUGUCUAUCCGCAUCAAGUGAAAGGACAAUCAUCCUUGUCAUCCAUACCUUUCAACGAAAAAUCGACGAAGCAACGAAACAUAAAGUCAAGACGUAUAGGAGAAAGGAUAUUCGUAUAUGCCAUAAGCGAACCCUUACUUUACCACGAAGCUUUGCGCGUUCUAUGAGAUACGAUCGAGCAAAGUCCGCGGACGCGUUCUGCCAUAAAGUCGCGAUUUACGAAGCCGCCGGGAAACGGGGAGAGUCGUAAAAAUCCCGCUCAACCACGGAGUCUUAUUUAAUAAAUUCCAUUUGCCAGAGUCGAUAACGGCUCUGCUUCCGCAACGACGGAAACGCUUUUCAUUUUUGUUGUUGCUCUUUUUUUUAUUUUUUCGUCGAGUUACCGUGCGGCUUGCAAACUUCUCACCCAUCACGAGGUGGAGGGUGGAGAGACGGAGAGAAAAUAGAGAGAGAGUCGAGCAGUCUCGCGUAAUAUAAUCAGUCGAUCUGAUCGAAAAAUAAUAGCCGCGUCUGCCGUCGGUCUGACUGUCGGUGAUUGAAAUUUCUCUCCCCUGCUUUCCAUCCUCCUACCCUCCACGGUUGCUCGUACCGUUUCGUUCAACGAAUUUACUUUCUCCUCGGUAUCCUCCACGUCUGCCCGUUAAAUAUUGACGUUUUGCCACGUUUCUGCCAUUCGACGAUGAGGUUUGACAGGUACACUGUCGCGGUAGUCACCAGCCACCGGCGACGCGAACGUCAUUUCAUUAUACAAUUAUAAAACAAGAGGAGAAAGAGUAUUCUGAAUUACAUAUUGAUAUUUUAUUAACGAUGUAUCUAAUCUUUUUCAAAAUUUCUUUUUCAGGUAGCUACUAUUAAUCCUUGGAGGAUGGUUAUUCCGCGUGACACUCACUAGGCAUCGAAGUAGGAAGCAGCUAUCAUCAACCAGGAACAAUAGUGGACGGAUAGAAUCGCCGAGAUUUCAACCACGAUUGCUUCGAGACUCCCAUAAAAAUACAUUUCACCGAUUAUGAUAGGGGACAGACGUAUGGGGAUGGUUGGUGAAUUGCCGGACCUCAAAGGUCGUUUUGCCCGAUGAAUCCCCUGAAACGUGUGGCGGAGUGAUCGCCUUUCGAUCGAACGGGACGGUUUCGUGGAGACCGGUCACGAGCCACUUAUUUGAAGCUAUUGAUCAGUCGGAAGGAGUAAUUUUUGGGCGUGGCGUUGAAAAGUCAGACCGGGAACGAGGGAGCUCUGCGUGAUUAGCGACGAACGUAAUAAUCGUGAAGGUCAUUCCGUGCAAUUGCUUUGGCAAAAUCGUCGUCGAUUGGGACACGCAUGAACGCUCGCUUUUGUAUAGGCUGUCAUCAUUUUCUUCCUUUUUGCACGAUUCUGUAUACCUAUCGUUACUUUUCCUAAUUGACCGACAAUGGAACAUCAAGAGUGAUAUUCGUAUGGCUGUUUCAUUUAAAAAAUGGUGUAGUGCUUUAACUUCUCAAAAAUAUCUACCUACUACAUACCAGGCUGCCUGAGAAGCGCGAGGUGCCGAGAAAAUCGUUGGUUCGUCGAAGAUGAAAAAGUACAAGCUCGGUCGAGCGUUAGAAUCCGUUAGAGAGGAUUUCCGUGUAGGCAAACACGGGGCUGAGUGGUCCGUAUACGUUUCUCCCCUGCUUCACGUUUCAUCGACGUUUCGUUUCCUUUCCUUCGCCUUAUCAAGCUUGCCUCCUCUUCGCCUGGUACGUGUGAGCAACCGUGGAAACAUGCCCACUGGUCACGUUCGCGCCACUCUGCAAUCUGUUUAAGGCACAAUGCUCCUUAAUUUCGCCUCGUUAUAUACACUCGUUACGGGAAAUCCCCUCUGUCGUUCGGUAAUCGUGCUAUCGGUUUGAUCCUACCGUUCCAUCGAGAAAACUGAUCAUUUUGAAAAUCAAACAGUCAGAGAUAGAGAAGCAACUAUUUCGUAUGAGAAGACUCGAGAGAAACAUAUGAAAUCGUCACUAUAAGAACAUUCGAGGAGCUAGUUUGUAGAAGGCAGAUGCUACCUCUAAAUAGCAGUUGGUGUCCGCUGUGUUAAACAAUUUGAUUUCGUGUCUGAUUGGGACGCGGGACAACCUUGAUCGAGGGUCUGGAACGCGACGCCUCGGGUCCAGGUCGUGGGGUCCUCCGCAAUCAGUACAGCCGCGGGGCUACCAGUUAGUCCCUGUCAGAAGACCAACUCUGACAUUAUGAUAACAAGAAGUUCCAACGUGGAAUGUCUAUGUGUUUCGCAUAAGUGCAUUGAUUAUGUAUGAACUGAAAGAAAAAGAACGAGGCACGUGCACUUUCAAAUUUUACAUUAUAAUUCAUAAACCAUUAAAUUAUCGGUAUUAAAAUUUUCCUGAACGAAUCAACCGUGUCACCUGUAACAAUCCCUCGAGUACAACUCUGUUUGUAACAAGUUUACGAAUGAAAGCAAGUAAAGGCAAGAUCGUAACGAUGAUCGCUGUCAAUCUUCUUCGAGGCAUGUCGCUGGAACAUCCGGUCGAGACCGAACGAGUCACGUUGAAAACGGACCAAUGGAAUAAUUUAAUUGAGAGAACUGUGCAACACGGGCCAAAACGAUCGGUUCAAUCGUCUCUGAACGAGAUUAAAACAGUGGCACCCGCCGCCGCUCUUAUUUACAUCCGACAAUAAGUCAAUUCAUCACUCUGCGAUUUGACCUUAAGUGGUAUCACUGACUCAUACGCACACCCGUGUAGAUCGUCGAUCCUAUUUCGGGCAUAAAUCAGCGGUGUCGUGCGACGGGCCGGCCCGUGCGGUGCGUAAUAAUGAGCAAGCGAGCGUAGCACGCGACCCUUUAGUGUGUUGCUCGCUGUAAGGUAUCAGGGAUUGCACAAUUCUCCUGCGUAUCUGUCUGGCUAGAAGACUGAAGAAUCAAGAGGAUUUUUUGAUCGUAAGACACGAAGAAUCCAGGAAGCAGAGAAAACCGAGCGGAUCCAGAGUUCUGGCACGGGUUUAGACGACAGGGUGGCCGCCGACGGCCACGAAAACCCGGGGGACACGGAUCGUGGGCAACAAGUCAGCGAGAAACGGCGCGUGACCAACACGUUCCCGCUGCCAGAUUUACGGCAAUAAAAAUGGGCUACAACCAACGAACGAUCCUGAUGAAAUUAUAACUUCCUUCGAUUUUCCAUACGGCGUUCUCCUUCAACGAAUCCUAUUGUUCCCUCUACAAGCUUGGAAAUCGAUACACUCCAAUCUCUAUUUUGUUCUUCGAACAAUGACUUCUGUAUAGAGGAUUUCAGCGAUUAGUUCAAUUCGAAUCAGUGCCUGAAGAACAAUGAAAAGAACACAUCAACAAAUUUCAGACUUGGUAAAUCUACUUCAGCUCCAGACUACCCCCUUUUAAAGAAGCCUUCGAACGAAUGUAUUUUUAACUUCAUAUUACUGCGCGCUGAACGAUCCGAGCACCAUCUAACGUCGAAAGGAGAUCAACCAGGUAUAGGAGGAAUCGAUUUCUACCCCUUACCAACCAACCACCCUUAGAGUUCCCUCGAAGCAACCCUCGAUAACUAAGUCCAGUUACCAGGAGGAAUAAAUUGAUCGAUCUACCCCCGUGGACAUAAUCUACCGGCGGAGCGGACAGAUGUCCCGGGUGGACGUUGCGACGGGAUCGGAUGGCGUGGCAUGGUGCACGGUGGCGUCGAAGACACGCACGGUGCGCCCCCUGAUGCGGGGUGGGCAAGUAUUGAUUGGGUGGGCGCCGCGUUCGUCGGCGUCGUAGUCAGAGUGCAAGAGGGUGGCGGAAUCGGCAGGCGCCAUCACGCGGGGCCACCGCGACCGUCGUCUGAAGGGCCGUCCAGCCAGUGGCCGCGAUCUCGAUUCACCGAAAAGAUGGUCAUGAUGGCUGGCAUGGACGACCACGAGCGCAAAGUCGUCCUCGAAUUCUGCCACCUGCUCGAGAAGAGCAAGCAGCUGUUCAACGGGCUACGGGAUCUGCCACAGUACGGGCACAAGCAGUGGCAGGGAUACUUCGGGCGCACCUUUGACAUCUACACGAAGCUCUGGAAGUUCCAGCAGCAGCACAGGACGAUACUGGAUACAAAGUACGGCCUGAAGAGGUGGCAGAUCGGCGAGAUAGCCAGCAAGAUCGGUCAGCUCUACUACCACUACUACCUGCGCACCAGCGAGACCAGUUACCUGCACGAGGCCUAUUCGUUCUACGCGGCGAUAAGGGGUCGCGCUUACUACAGCCGCGCGGCCAAGGAGGACAGGAGCGACCUGAUGGUGAAGAAGUUGAGGUACUACGCCCGCUUCAUCGUCGUCUGUCUACUGUUGAAUCGUAUGAAGCUGGUACGCGAGCUGGUGCAAGAGUUGGACGCCCAGAUCGCCGACUACACGAGCACCUACGAACCGGACGAUCAGCUCGAGUGGAACCUGGUGCUCGACGAGAUCAAGGCGUUCGUGAAGGCCGAGUCGGCGGUCGGCGUGGUCCACUCGGACUCGAACCCGGUCGUACUGACCCACAGGCUAGGAGCCCAGACCUCGCCGCCGGUCGAACGUACGCCACCCAUGUGCCUAUCACUGCAGGAGAUCCUGAUCGUCGGCAAUUGCGCCGACCAGGUGAAAUUCAGUGAAUUGUCGAUGGACAUGUUCAGGAUGCUGCAGACUCUCGAAAGAGAGCCGAGAGACGACCCGAAUCACCUGCACGACGCGUCGCCGGCUGGCAGGAUGCCCUUCAGGCCUGGUCCCUACCCUGGCGCGGAGAACGGCGCGCCAAGACGCGACAAUCCCCACAAGUACCUGUUGUACAAGCCCACCUACAGCCAGGUACAGGUAUUCCUCGCGAGCGGCUUCAAGGAACUGCCCGCCAACGGGGCGCUGCUACUCUACCUGUCGGCGGACGGAUGCUUCUCCACCGUUAAACAUCCCGAAGAAAUGGGGUACGACCUGGGUGGAGUGUCGACGUGCAGCAAGAGGGACCCGGAACACGGGAAGAGGCCGACAGGUGGUAAGGAGCCACACUGUUUGUAUCCGGGUGACCUCUACCCGUUCACCAGGAAGCCUCUGUUCGUGGUCGUCGACUCGGACAACAGUUUCGUGUUCCAACAGAUACCCCGUUACUUUGGUCAGCCUUUAAUGGUGCUGAUGUCGCCGCAGGACACGCCGCCAACCUUACGAGAUGUCCGACACGGUGGCAGCCUGUUCACCCUGUUUCUCCACGCCCCUUUAGCCGCGUUUUGCCUUAUUUGCAACAUCGGCAGCCUGGCCGUGCACCACUGGGAGCGGUGCCAGCGUUACAUCGAGCGAUUCCUCAUCGAGGCCUGUCAGCUCGUCACGCGCUCCAGAUGCGAGACCAGCGUGCUGCAAUUCUUCGGCGACGAUUUCCUACGGCUGUUGCUGGUUCGCUACGUGUUCUGCGACGUGGUAUUGAAUCUUCAUCGGUCGUUCAGGGGUCGACAGCAAAGGCCCCGAUGCCAUCCGCCGUUACCGGACGCCGAGGUCCUCGAACAUCCGACUCUUCAUCAUCUGGUGCUCGACCUGGCCGCCUGUCUCGACUGUCGUGACCAUUUUCCGGACAGCAACGAGCUCGCCUGACCCAGGCAUCUUCCCUGCCCGGCCCCGGAGUCCGCGUCCCUGUUGCCACCUUAUACCCACGACUACGAUUACGAUUACUGUAACUACAAUUGCAACAAUAAAAUCGUUACACUGAGACCUCAUUAAGAGCCGCGUCCAGAUCGCCGCGAGUGUUAUAUACGAAGCCGCGUGUAACAGCUCGAUUAAUCGUCGAGCAGUCUCAGGGUAACCGGGCGUCUCGCUGCGUCCACGAUGGACAACCGGGAACGAUGUCAUCGAGGAUGAUAAAGAGAAGAGAAAAAAAUAUGCAGGAAGAAUUUUCUCUCUAACGUUCUAUGUUAAUCGCGACACACCGCUGCCAGUUUUUUGCUACGGACUAGUAACGAAACACAAAAAAAAAAAAAAAAAAAAGAGAAAAAAGUCUAUAUAUAUAUAUACAUAUAUAUAUAUAUACAAAAUAUAUGAUAUAUUCUGUCACCGCGUCGAUGGGUAAAUAUACGUAUGAAAGAAAGAUAUUGUGAUUCUGCAUGUAUAGACGAAGAGUGAAUUUGUACGCACUGGUGCUUUGUACGAUUUAAGAAGCUUUAGCGUGUCGUCGAACUUGGAUGAAAUACGAUUCUGUUUGCCGCGAAUUCCUUUCCGGUUCGGUUCGGAUCCAGGCUACACAUGCACGCUCCAACACCCCUCUCUCUAAUCGCUAUACUCUUUCUCAACGAAAUUUAACGCGAAUCAUCCGAUACUGAUACUUUGUGCUUUAUGUUAUACUUUGUUCUAUGUAUUCAUAUCAGACGAUGGAUUUCAGUCUAACGCGAUUUCACGACAGAAUAAAAAUCGCGAUCGUGAAAUUGCUUCAGACUUUCUACGUCGAUAAAUUAAUCUGACCCACGAAUUUUUUACAUCUUCUAUUUCUUCGGUAAUUAAACUUCGUCUUCCUUCUCUGUUACUCUUCACGCUCUCACGUUUCCUGUUCAUCUUCCUGCCACCCACGUUCACGCACCUUCAGCGGUUCGCCAACGUUACAGACAUCCGACUAUGUGGCUCUCGUUUAUUUAUAAACAAAAAGUGGAACACUCACCGGCCGCUGAGUAACAGUGUCGUCAUCUCAUUGAACCUUCAUCGACGACUUCGCCGAAUUGAACGAGAACCGCUCUGUUCGGAGAACUCUGAUUUCUCUCGGUGAAAGAAAUCAGUCGUGACAAAGAGGGGAGAAAUUCAACUGUGUUCACUUGUACAUAUAAUAUUUAUUGUAAAUUCUAGUCUUUUUAACGUCGAACUAAAUUAAGAAUUGUAUCUCGUAUCGUAUUACAAAAAAGUGAUAUUUAUGGUUUGUGUGAUAUUUUUGUUGAACGUAUACCGGUAGAGUGCACAAAGUAUCAGAACAGAAGAAAUUAUUAAAAAUCAGACAAAAAUUAUUCUAAAAAUCUCUAAAUAUGUAUAUUGUAAUUGAUCGUAUCGUUAAAGAAUUAAAUGAUAAAUAAAUAAAUGAAUAGGGCGAGCGAAUAGGGAGAGGAUAUAAAAGAGGAUGAAGUAACAAGUCUUAUAUGUUUUAUAAGAGUCGAAGAACACGUACAAUACGCUGUACGUGUCCUAACAUCGCGACGAUUUAACAGAGAAGAUUCUAUAUUUACCGUUUCUAAUGUUCACCGUGAUUAACCCGUUAAUUAGAAAUGACUAAUUAACCCUGCUGUUCUUCUCACUUACACUUUCACUUUGUGGCAUUUGAAACAAAUUACAUACAGUUUUUCAUAUUUUCAAACGAUUUAUUCUCGAGCGAACGCGUAUCCUAAAGAAGUAAAUCCAAAAUUAUAUAUAUUCUUCGUUCAGGGUCGUAUGGACCCAAGGAGAAGAGCAGAGUUAACUCCGUCGUUCAACUUCUUAGAACAUAAUAGUAACGUUCAUUUAUAUGAAAAUUUCUGAUUUCAAUUUUAUCAUUGUACCUGUAUUAAAAAGAAGAUCGUACUUGUAUUUGGCACGAUGGAAGAUGAUAAAUUUAUUCGUGUUUGUACGCUUUUUAUUACAGGUACAGAGAAGUAAUUCUUCGCUGAUCGAAACGUUACCCAGUUAAUUAUUUAACAUAUUCCAUGCCACGUAGGAGAUCGUUGACUUGCUCUUAAUUUUCCAUUGGCUCUUUGUUUCAGAAAUUUCUUAUGAAUAUUAAAAUUCACGUGACAGGGGGUAUGUUAAACAAACAAUCGCCGAUACUGUCUGAUAUCAGAGAUCAUUGCACGACGAUCAUUGUUCUCCGGCUAUAGUUUUCUGCGAUUCCCAGCUGAUGAAAAUUCUUCUUUAUGAAAAAAAAAAAAAAAAAAAAAGAAAAGAAACACUUGUUCCCAACACGUUUUGAUCCGCGUUGCAAGUUAACUUUACCAGGUUUAUCGUCCCUUUACUAUCUUACCGCUACCUCGUUACUGUAUUAACCCUUGGACCAAGAGCCGACUUAAUCGAUCUAAUUUAAUUAAUUAUCGAAAAUACUAUCAUUUCCACCUAGUACUUACUUUACUGUAAUAAUAAAUCUGUGAAUAUUAUUUUUCAAUCUCUAAGGAAUCUGUAAAAAAAACUUGAGAGCUUAAUUUCAAUCGAUGCCUCAUAGGUAUGUGUGUUUUGUAGGUCUGGGUCACUGUUCACCCGGCUCAGACGUUCCAGGGUUAACGUACUAAUACUAUUAUUGUACUAGUAUGAUUACAGUAUCGCUGAAGUGUAGAACAGAAGCUGUUACGUGAACGACAGCUCUGAAUCUUCGAUAAGGACACUAGAAAAUGUUAAUUAAAAGAAGAAAAAAAAAAAAGAAGAAAAAAAGAAAAGCAAUUUAGCGGUGUAGAUCUCGAUUUCGAUGAGGUGUAACGAUGAACAAUGAUUCGAUCGAACGUUUCUACGUAUAUUUUUGGAUACAAACACAUUUUUAGUGUCCUGUGAUGUGAGCGACAUAAAAAAAAAAA